GUGGACAUCCGAGAAAUAAAGGAGAUUCGGGUGGGGAAGAAUUCACGUGACUUUGACAGAUACUUGGAAGAUGCCACGGUGCGCUUGGAAACUGAUCACUGCUUUGUUAUCCUAUACGGAACAGAGUUUAGACUUAAAACCUUAAGUCUGCAAGCCACAUCAGAGGAGGAAGUGAACAUGUGGAUUAGAGGGUUGAAUUGGUUACUCCAGGACACACUUCUGGCUCCCACUCCGCUGCAGAUCGAGAGGUGGCUCAGGAAACAAUUUUACUCGUUAGACAGAAAUCGAGAAGACAAGAUCUCUGUCAAGGAUUUGAAGAAUAUGCUAUCGCAGGUCAACUACAGAGUCCCAAAUAUGAGAUUUCUGCGUGAUCGACUCAUGGAAGUGGAGCAGAGAAACCAAGAGAUAAACUAUGCUCAGUUUGCCCAGCUAUACCGCUCCCUUAUGUACAAUGCACAGAAGACCAUGCCAAUCCCUUUCCUGGAGAGAGGUGGAGAGCCUCUAGGGAUGUGCAGAGUGUUACUGUUGGACUUCCAGACCUUUCUGCUGGAGUAUCAGAAGGAAAUGUGGGCAUCUGAUCUUCUCCAAGUGCAAGAGUUCAUGUUUCACUUUUUGCGUGACCCUUUGAGGGAGAUAGAGGAACCCUACUUCACCCCAGAGGAGUUUGUUACAUUCCUGUUCUCCAAGGAGAACACUGUGUGGGAUUCUUCACUGGACACCGUGUGUCCCCAAAAUAUGGACAAUGCCCUCUCCCAUUAUUGGAUCUCCUCUUCUCAUAACACGUACCUAACGGGAGAUCAGUUCUCCAGUGAAUCCUCCCUUGAAGCAUACGCCCGCUGUUUGCGGAUGGGCUGCCGCUGCAUAGAGUUGGAUUGCUGGGAUGGACCAGAUGGGAUGCCAGUCAUCUACCAUGGGCAUACUCUGACCACCAAAAUAAAGUUCAAUGAGGUUCUCUACACCAUCAAAGAACAUGCUUUCAUCACAUCGGAAUACCCAGUUAUUUUGUCAAUUGAAGAUCAUUGCAGUAUUGCCCAGCAGAGGAACAUGGCCCAGUACUUCAAGAAAGUAUUUGGGGAUAUGCUUCUAAUCAAACCAGUGGAUGUCAGUGCUGAUGUUUUACCCUCCCCAAACCAGCUUAAAAGAAAAAUUCUCAUCAAGCACAAGAAGCUAGCAGAAGGCAGUACCUAUGAAGAGAUCCCCACCUCCACGGUGUAUUCAGAAAAUGACAUCAGCAACUCCAUUAAGAAUGGAAUCUUGUACCUGCAGGAUCCAAUUAAUCAUGAGUGGUAUCCUCACUUCUUUGUACUUACCAGCAGCAAGAUCUACUACUCUGAGGAGACCACAGGAGGACAAGCCAAUGAUGACGAGGAGGAGCAGAAGGAGACCAGCAACAGUUCUGAAUUACACUCUACUGAGAAAUGGUUCCAUGGAAAGCUCGGAGCAGGCCGGGAUGGAAGACAUAUUGCUGAACGCCUCCUAACAGAUUACUGCAUUGAAACUGGAGCUCCAGAUGGCUCUUUCCUGGUGCGGGAAAGUGAGACCUUUGUAGGAGAUUACACUCUUUCCUUUUGGAGGAAUGGAAAGGUCCAGCACUGUCGGAUACACUCCAGACAGGAGGCUGGGAGCCCCAAGUUCUUCCUUACAGAUAACCUAGUAUUUGAGAGCCUCUAUGCACUUAUCACCCACUACCAGCAGAUGCCACUGCGAUGUAAUGAGUUUGAGAUGAGGUUGACUGAGCCUGUUCCACAAACCAAUGCACAUGAGAGCAAAGAAUGGUACCAUGCCAACCUUACACGAGCCCAAGCAGAACAUAUGCUGAUGAGGGUACCACGGGAUGGAGCUUUCCUGGUACGCAAGAGAAGUGAACCCAACUCAUAUGCCAUAUCAUUCAGAGCGGAGGGGAAGAUUAAGCAUUGCCGAGUACAACAAGAAGGUCAGAGUGUUGUGCUUGGUAGCUCAGAGUUUGACAGCCUUGUGGAUCUGAUUAGUUAUUAUGAGAAGCAUCCUUUAUACCGUAAGAUGAAGCUCAGGUAUCCCAUCAACGAGGAGACCCUGGAUAAGAUAGGUACAGCUGAGCCGGAUUAUGGAGCGCUCUAUGAGGGGAGGAGUCCUGGUUUCUAUGUGGAACCCAAUCCCAUGCCUGCUAUCAAGUGCUCUGUCAAGGCCCUGUUUGAUUAUAAAGCUCAGCGCGAGGAUGAACUCACGUUCACCAAGAACGCCGUUAUCCAAAAUGUGGAGAAGCAGGAAGGCGGAUGGUGGCGGGGUGACUUUGGAGGCAAAAAGCAGAUGUGGUUCCCAUCCAACUACGUGGAGGAGAUGUUUAACCUUCCCGAGCCAGAGCCUGAGCACCCACAUCUGGAUGAGAACAGUCCUCUUGGAGACCUACUGGGAGGAGUACUGGAUGUGCCUUCUUGCCAAAUUGCUAUUCGCCAUGAGGGUCUGUACAAUCGUCCUUACGUCUUCUCUAUAAAUGUCCCAUCCGUGACAAGAUAUCCACUUGAUGUGGCAGCGGACUCUGCAGAUGAUAUGCUUGACUGGGUGAAGAAGAUCAAAGAAGCAGCCCAAACAGCAGAUGCGCGGCUCACAGAGGGCAAAAUUAUGGAACGCAGGAAGAAAAUUGCCCUGGAAACUCUCUGAACUUGUCAUUUAUUGCCGACCUGUGCCUUUUGAUGAAGAAAAGAUCGGCACAGAGAGGGCAUGCUAUCGGGACAUGUCAUCCUUUCCUGAGACCAAAGCUGAGAAAUAUGUGAACAAGCAAAAAGGCAAAAAGUUUUUGCAGUACAACCGGCGCCAGCUGUCCCGCAUCUACCCUAAAGGCCAGCGUUUGGAUUCCUCUAACUAUGACCCCAUGCCCAUGUGGAUUUGUGGCAGCCAGUUGGUAGCACUCAACUUCCAAACUCCAGAUAAGCCCAUGCAGAUGAACCAGGCCCUGUUCCAAUCGGGAGGUCGCUGCGGUUAUGUUCUGCAUCCAAGCUGUAUGCGUGAUGACGUAUUUGACCCAUUCGACAAAUGUUCCGUCCGUGCAUUGGAGCCAAUUGUUAUCUGUGUCGAGAUUCUAGGUGCCAGACAUCUGCCUAAGAACGGUCGAGGUAUUGUGUGCCCAUUUGUGGAGGUGGAGAUCUGUGGAGCCGAAUAUGACAAUGCCAAGACCAAAACAGAAUUUGUAGUUGAUAAUGGAUUGAACCCGGUUUGGCCCCAGAAGACAUUCCAGUUUCUUAUUACCAACCCAGAGCUUGCCUUCCUGAGGUUCGUGGUCUAUGAGGAGGACAUGUUCAGUGAUCAGAACUUUCUAGCCCAGGCGUCCUUUGUGGUCCGCGGCCUAAAAACAGGAUACAGAUCAGUUCCACUGAAGAAUAAUUACACUGAAGACUUGGAGCUGGCAUCCCUGCUCAUACGUUUAGAAAUCUACUCCAGCAAGCAAGAGAACGGUGAAAUUAAUGGUGCAGCAGCGCCCCGUGAGCGGAUCAGUGACCCGUCAGUUGGUCGAUUACGUGAUGGAAUGGGAGAGUCUCGAUUCCCCGCACAUCAGCUAGAAGAUUUCCGAAUCUCACAAGAAUUGGCGGAUCCUUUUGAGAGAGAGAGGCGGGUGCCACGGAAGACGCGCCUGAGUGGAGACAACCGGUUGUAA